AUGGCCCUUCGAACACCCAUCCGCUUCGAACAUCAGUCUAGCCGUGGCGGGCUUCGGCUUCAGGACAAUCGGCAGGCUGGUCAACCACCCACUAAUCAAUCAACCGUCCACUUCGAACACCCACUUCGAGCAUCAAAUACCAGUCUGGCCGUGGCGGGCUUCGGCUUCAGGACAAUCGGCAGACUACUCAAUCGAGCUUCGAACACCCAUCCACUACGAACACCGACAACCAGUCUGGCCGUGGCGGGCUUCGGCUUCAGGACAAUUGGUAGACUGCUCAAUCAACCAAUUCAACUAUCCACUUCAAUCAACCUUCCGUCUUGA